AUGGGUUCGAAGCAAAGAAGUAUUUUUCGUUAUAAUAUUGUAUUAAUGGCAUAUAAACGAUCUGGUUCAUCGUUUGUUGGCCAGUUAUUCAACCAUCACCCUGAUAUACUCUACCUCUACGAACCAAUAUUCUUUUUAAAGGAGCUCGAGCGUAACCAUGGUAACGCAUAUAGAAUCCUAUCUCGAAGGCUUCUGAAUACUAUUUUCACUUGUAACUUUGAAGAAAAUCCUUAUUUUGUCAGUCAGUUGUCGGACUCGGCUUUUCGCCUGUCUUCUCGUGUCCUGUCCAAACCACCUAUGUGUCCGAGCACAACAAACAUGGAACACGUGCAAGAAGAGUGUCAGCGGAUUCACACUAGCACAUUGAUUGACAUCUGUCAAUCAUACCGUCAUGUCGUUAUCAAGACUAUAAGGGUAAAGAACUUAGACGAGCUUAAAGAGUUGCGCAGGUUUAACAUCGAGGCACCUUGGAAUAUUAUGAAAGUUAUUCACCUCGUACGUGACCCGAGGGCAAUUAUUAAUUCACGUGCUCAUAUUGACCUCUCUCGACACAACACUAAAUGGACAAAGGCGGAUUAUCAGACAAAUGCGCGCGCACUUUGUACACAGGUUUUAAAUAACCUGAAAAAGGGUGUGUCUGAGGAGGCUUUUGAGACGAUGUAUCACGUGAUUCGGUAUGAAGAUAUCGCGACACAAACUGAACGAGCUACAAGAGAACUGUACGAGUUUGCUAAUCUGCCUUGGUCUGAGAAAGCAGGCCAGUGGCUACGACAAAAUACCCUGAAGACGCACGAAUUUCACCCUUUUUCGACGACCAAAAAUGCUACGAUGUCCCUAAACCUAUGGAGAACACAACUCGAUGUUGAAACUAUCCGAACCAUUGAACAAGAGUGUUCUAUCAUGAUGACUCUGCUGGGAUAUAACAAGGUUAAGAAUCCAGAACACUUACAAGAUAUCUCGCGGCCGUUGUUUCGCGAUAAUAAAUCUAGCACCGUAUAUAUAACAAAGAAUAUCACUGAUGUUAUGUUAGAGAUAGAAUACCUUAAGGAACACGGACUUCUUUAAUUAAGUGAUAUCAAGGCCAAUGAUAAAUAAUACAGUAUUACUGAAGCUAUGCCGGAGAGAAAAUUUAUCAGAAAAUAGUAAUUUUUGCGGCAUGGUGUUUUUGCCAUGCUUGUGACAGCCUUCAUCAAAAUGAUGAGAUGCGCAAGAUACGGAUUAUCAGUAUUUUCCGAGUUAGUUUUUCAAGUUUACAACAUCAAGUGUUUUAUUAGUUUUAACUGAAAAACGUAUUCUCAUUUCAAGAGGUAUUUUUUUCAACAUCGUCUGAUAAGAUCAAUCAUAAUAUAUGCGGUUUUUCCUCUAGUUACCACCCAAAAAGAUAUGAUGAGUAAAAAGAUAAUUAUGGGAAAAAAGAAGCAUCACCGAUGUAAUGGUGAACAAAAGUACCUCCAGGGUAUCUAAUGCUUGUCAUGCGAGAAUUCAAAAAAGAUUCAAGUGUUGAAAUAAAAUGUUUAACAUCACUGAAAUAACAUUCAAAACUUAUCACAAGGGUUUUAUAGAUAACCCAUGAUUAUCUUCCAUGUAUACUAGCUACAUACGUACUAGCUGUAUGCUAUGAUAUAUCAUAUCGACAGAAACAAGAAAUAGCUUUGGGCCUAUGUACGAUAGAACUGUGUUAAUCAGAAARAAGGCUGAUAUGAGAGAUAUAUAGCCGAGACGUUAGUAGUAUUGAUUUAGCCCUCUUGGAAAACAAUGAUUAGUAACUGAGAUCAAACACGCCGCCCUCGCACACUAAUAUUUUAUCGAAUGCUGUAGUAAUAUAUAUAUAUAUAACAUAUGCGCGCGCCUAUAUAAAGCGAUAUUGUAUAUAUUGUAUAUUGGGAGUAUGUAUAUACCACGUGCGCGCGUCAAUAUGU